UUUUGUUUCUCAAUUAUAAGAAAAAUCAUUCAAGAAAUUAUAUUAUUAAAUUUAAGUGAAUGACAUAAAAUUGUCCAUAAAGAUACAACCAAGUGAUUAUGUAUAGGUAUUCAUAAUUGCCUAGUGUCCAAUUCAGAAAAACCUCUUAAAUAUUUUUAUAUUACUUUGUUGAAAUAUCAAAGAAAAAAUAGUUGUUCAAAACUGAAUUCUGGUCCUUAUUUAGAGAGGAAUUUGGACAUAUGGAUGCUAUUUAAAGAGAGAAAAGAUUUUUAUGGGGGAAAACACAUUAUCUCUCACAUGGAAUUGUAUAACUUUUUCUCUGGUGCAAAUGGUCAAUCAGCUAGUAUAAUUGCUAAGAAAGAAUUCAGUGAUUUCCCUCCUACUUUUGACAACAUAUGGAUUUUAGGUAAAGAAUAUCACGCUUUGCAUGAUUUAGAAGAUUUAAGGACAGUUGUGAGAAGCAAAAUAUGGUUUUCAUACAGAAGUGGCUUUCCACCUAUUGGUGGCACUGGUCCUAAAACAGAUAAAUAUUGGGGGUGUAUGUUACGAUGUGGCCAAAUGGUGAUGGCUGAGGCUUUGAUAUGCAGGCACUUAGGAAGAGGUUGGACAUGGAAUCCCAUUGAUCCAGUUUAUAUGGACAUUUUGAAAAUGUUUCAAGAUAAGAAAGAUUCUCCAUAUUCGAUUCAUCAAAUUGCACAGAUGGGUGUCUCAGAAGGCAAAGCAAUUGGUCAAUGGUUUGGACCUAAUACAGUUGCUCAGGUUUUGAGAAAACUGUCUGUGUAUGAUAAGUGGAGUUCCUUGGCUGUUCAUGUUGCUGCUAAUAGCACUGUAAUUCAAUCUGAUAUUAGAACUCUAUGUCACUAUCAGCCAUCAUCUCCAACGCCUAGUCCUUACCUUAAAUCCUAUAAUACAAUUUGGUAUACAGAUUGUGUCGAUCAAUCAUGUCCUCGAUGGCAAGCUGCAUCAUUAACAAAUACAGACUCUGUUUCAUGGAGACCCAUGUUAUUAUUUAUUCCACUCAGGUUGGGGUUGUCUACUUUCAAUCCUAUUUAUAGUAAAUGCAUUAAGAAUACUUUCACUAUGAAACAAAGUCUUGGGAUUCUUGGUGGAAGGCCUAGGCAUGCUGUAUGGUUCAUUGGAUAUACAGGGAACGAGCUCAUAUGUUUAGAUCCACAUGUUACACAGCCUACAGUAGAUCUGGAAGACAAAUUUGAUGAUAGCUCAUACCAUUUACCAUUGGGAGGUAGCAAACGCAUGCACAUUUCCGAUAUAGAUCCUUCAGUAGCCUUAUGUUUUUACUUUGAUACAGAAGAGGAUUUUGAUGACUGGUGCCAAGAAGUGAAUAAGCUGAUAGUGCCUGAGAAGCAACCGCUCUUUGAACUUAUAGAUGAUCGGCCAAGACAUUGGCCUCCUUUGGAAUUGAGGCCAGAUUUGAAUUGCAGCAAUUGCAGCUUAGAAUACUACUUUGUGGAACAAGAAAGUAAUGCUGAUAUUUCUGAUGAAGAUUUUGAAAGUGUAGAAUCCAUGGUGUGCCUCCCAAAGAAUAAAUGAAAAAAAUAUAUUAAAAUUUUCUUUGGUUGUACUGAAACUCAACAUGAAGCUUGGCAUAAGCUUAACCUGUACUAAUUCUGUUGAUUAAUUUAUAUUAUUUUGUUACUUUCAAAUAAUGAAAACUCUUUCAAAUUUUAUUUAAAUGUUGCUUAUUUGAAAGAGAGCAUAAUCAAUAGUCUGCCUUAUUAUUGUUUUUUUUUUUAAUGAAGAGGUGAGUGAUUUGUGAAAAGCAGUAUUCUUGUAAUUUAUUUUUAUACCAAAUGCUUAUAAAUUAAGUUGUGGUCCUGU